CAGGAAUGGUGUGCACGAGAAGGAACAAGCGCAACAGAUUGCAACGACCGCCGAGAAUUUUCAUCAACGGUAACAGAAUCAAAAUCGAACAGGAAUUAAAUUACCUAGGUAUAUGGUUCGAUGAUAAACUCAAUUGGCAUACCCACGUCCGAAACAUAUGCAGACAAAUGGAGCAAAAGACAAACUUGAUGAAAUGGAUCACUGUGAAAAUGUGGGGACUUGAUUAUGCCAACACGAAGCUUAUAUACUCGGCGGCCAUCGAACCAGCACUGUUGUAUGCGGUCAUGGUAUGGAAAGAAGCCCUGGAAAACGUGCAUAUGAGAAGGAAAUUAACAUCGAUCCAGAGGAAAUUCUUGAUUAAAAUAAAUAAGGCAUACAACACCGCCCCCACAAAUGCACUCCAGAUCAUGGCCAACACCUUACCGAUCCAUCUCAAAGCUAAAUACAUCAUAUGGAACUGGUACUUAACAGCAGAAGGCGCACAUCGCGGAUACGACAUUCCCGGAAACGACGAGAUCUACCAUGAACUAAAAAACAACUGUAAAAUCAUCGAUAUCACAAGACCCAACUUCCGUAUUGACAGGAAGCUAAAAAAAGACGAAUUCAGCGAACACCCGGCCGGCAACAUCAAUUACACAAUCCACUGGGAUAACGACAACAAUAAAGAAAUAAGAUCUAAAUGGAAAAUCUAUACAGACGGCUGUAAAAAUGACAACGGCACCGGUGCGGGACUCAUCGUUAAGAAUAAUAAUGAUAGGACUACUUAUCAGCAUUAUUACAACAUGGCCACACAGUGUACGAAUUCGCAGGCAGAGAUGUUCGCACUCUUGAAGGCAAUUCAGCACAUCCAAAACAAUAUCGACAUCUUCAAGGGCAGCAUCUCUAUCCUGACAGACAGCAAAGCCGCCCUGCAUAAUCUAAACGAAUUGACUCACCCUACCGCCUUAGCAAAAAGACUAUAUGAUGCCGCUAACACCCUCGGAACAGUAAGAAAGCUAUCUUUCGGGUGGAUUCGCGGUCACAGUGGUGUCAAAGGUAAUGAAAUCGCCGACAAACUGGCCAAGUUAGGAGCUAGUAGCAACAUCUCUCCUUCUUUUACGGACACCCCUCAGGUGUGCGUCAAAAACUACAUCAUGUCCAUCAUCGAUAGGAUCUGGCAACACGAAUGGGAAACGGCGGAAACAGGGAGAAACUGCUUCCUGUUUAUUCCUUCCAUUCAAACCAGAAAGAAAGCUAAACACUACGUCCCAAACAGCCUUACCACGCAAGUACUACUGGGACACGGAAAUUUUCCGGCCUAUCUUCAUAGGUUUAAACUCAGUGAAAAUAAUAAAUGUGACUGUUCCGACGACGAAAUCGGCGAUGCUGCGCACUUUGCUUUUAUUUGCACCAAACACGAUAACCACCGUACGAAACUUAUUCACGAGUACCUCACCAACAACCCAAGAUGGCCCCCAACUGAGCACAAAAUAUUCGAGAAUAAGACUCUAUGGAGAACUUUCGAAGAAUUCAUCUACAACACUGGUGCCCUCGUAGUAAAUAACUCAGAACAUCAACGAUACAACACAGAUGACACACCAGAAGACGAGAUUAACCUACAAGAAGAGAGCAUGGACGAUAACUCCGACGAGGAGGAGUCGUUGUAGCUCACCUCCACCAACUGGACUCCAACCAAAUACUAAUUGUCGCGAAAUAUUAUAUGUGAUUCUUCCCUAGGAGUAAUUAUAAUGUUUUCAUAUAUUAGGUCAAAGCGACCAUAUGCUUGUAUUGUAAAUAUUGUAUAUAAUAUGAAAUUUUGUACUCCCUAUUCUAUUUGUUUAUCGCCAUUUUAUCUCUGUAUUAAUUUUAUGUAUUUUUAUGUAAUUGUAUGUUUUUAUUAUUACAAUAAAUGCCGAUGCAAGCGCUCUCUGGUCCCAUGCCUUCUCUUCACACUUUACUUACCUACUUUUUCACACUUCAAAUCUCAAGCUGUCUCUUCUUUCCGUUUCUGACAGGGCAUAAGUCUGAAUCAUUCAGACAGCCCUCUUAAAACUUUA